AUGGCACAGUCCGAGGGCGAGGAGGAUUCAGUCUGGAUGGGGCACGCCCCUUAUCCAACAGCUCUUGCAGAAAAGUCAGCAGAUCUGCAAAUAAUAGCCAGUAUGAAUGCUAGUGGCAAUGAGCAGAUGCAGCUGAUCCAAGUUGACCCCGUCCGGAGGAACAUUUCACUGGCGCUGACCCAGAUCUUUGUGUGGCCUUUCAUCUACCUCAUCUUCCUCAUGCUCUUAAUAUUCUCCAAGAAGGAGACUUUCAGAUCAGAGACACGUUAUAUAUUGUUUGGUCAUUCUCUCCUGGUAGACCUAAUGUUUCUUUUUCUGACCGAUUUUGUGGUGCUCUUAUCAUACAACUUUGUUUUAAUACCUUUGCACUUCUGUAUCCCCAUCUGCAUGUUAAUGGAGGCGAUCACGGCAUGUGCACCACUUACAAUUAUAGCCAUGUGUGUGGAGCGUUAUGUGGCUAUUUGCAUGCCGCUGCGACAUCAGGCGAUCUCCACCUCUCGAAGAGCCCUGAUAGUGAUUUUAAUGAUUUGGAUCCUGAGCUCCAUAAACCCCUUUGUUGAUAUGUUUAUCCUCAUUAGCACGGCCUCGCGUGAAUACUUGUCUCAACUGACACACUGCCACUAUGAGAUUAUGAUUCCAGAAAAGAUUCGUCACUUUGCUAGAGGUCUGUUGUAUAUCGUGGGGCUUGUGUUUAUCUUGAUAAUUGAAAUCUUUUGUUAUGUGAUGAUAUACCUUGCUGCACGUGCAGCGUCUGGUGACAAUAAGAAGUCAGCAUCAAAAGGGCAGCGCACUAUUUCUCUUCAUAUCCUGCAGCUGUUUUUGUGUACGGCUGAGGUCAUGUGUCCUUACAUUGAGGCUGUGGUUAUGCAGUAUGAUAUUCAGACAUACCUGACUGUCCGAUUUAUAAAUUUCCUUGCAUUUAGUAUCACUUCUAGAGCAGUAAGUCCUCUCGUCUAUGGCUUUAGAGACGAGAAAUUCUAUGCAGCUAUGGUUUAUUAUAUCAGAUGCAAAAACAACACCAUCUCAUCUGAUACAAUUAAACAAUCAUGA